AUGGAAGCCACUAGAGAAGCAAAAUCCGGUAGCUUGUUGGAUAAAGUCAAGCCCCCACGACUUGAAGAUGCGGGUCUUGAGGAUUGUGCACUUCCCCCAGACUCCAUACGGGAAGCCUUCCUGAAGGCUGCAACAACUGUCAGCUCACAUAUGUUCCACCACUCUGAUGAUGAAUUGGAAGGAGAUUGCAUCAAUGAUCCACUUGCUGGAAUCACAUCCAAGGUUGAUCCUCUUUUUGCUUGUGAUCCAAAGAAAGGCGGUGAAUUGCCAAAGGCGAUAGGAGAUGAGGCGGUUGAACUAGAGGUGUCAGAUGAGGCGGAGAAGUCAUGUGUUGAUGAACUACAACGAUUGAAGGUCGGAGAUAAAAAAGGAUAA